GCUUGUUUCCAAUAAACCACAGAUCUCUUUGGAGACAUUCUAGGAUCAAAAUAGCGCGUAACGAUGGAAAUCAAUGGCUGGCUUAAAGUCUCGUAAAAUUUUCAAGAUUUUUCAAUGUUCUGGGGACUUCGCAUUAUCAUUUAAUGGUUCAGAUUGUUUCAAGUUGUGUGGAUUCGAUCGGCACGGCUGGGGUCCGAGUGUUGUCUUCUUCACCGGAGGAGUAAUUAAUUUAUUCCCUGGUCACAUUUAAUUAAAAGUAUUCCACCAGACGCCUAGUAGUCUACUGCUCCUUUCGGCUUUCGCCAUCAACUCCCUGAAAAGAAGUCCUGAUGUCUUCAUUUGACUCCUUGCAGUUGUUGAUGGUAGUUCUCUAUCAGGUUUCCUCCGUGGAUCGUAGCAUCCUGUUAUUGGGCAACUCGAUUUUGACAGAGCAGUCCGUCGCGCACUGACCCGGGACUACAGAAGCCGCGGAUCGGUGUGUGCGUUGGAGACCGAACUGAUUGCCGUACCAGCGGCUAAUUUCAAGGUAUUGGCGUACAGCGCUGAACUGGUAGUGGAUUCUAUGAAUGGGUGUGGAUUUUCUUCCUCUACGACAGUUUGCUCGCUGGAUAUAUAUAUCAUAGAUCUUUUUGGAUCAUUUCAUGCACCAUUGUUGACCUCUUUUGGAUCUUAGAACGAUUUCAGCAAAGGGUCUGCAUGGGCCGGAUUUAAGAUUCCUUCUGAGGAACUGAGUCUAAAAUGAAGUUAUGGGAUGUUCUGGCCACGUGUCUCUUGCUCCUGAGCUCCGUCUCCACGCGCCCCAUCUUUCCAAAGCUGCAGCCCGUCAAGAGGCCUCCUGUAGUGGGCUUGCAUCGUGACUCUGCUGCCCUGUCUGUGGAGGACUCUCUCAUACACCCCUACUCCCAUCCAGAGCGCCUGCACAAAACCUCCAUGGAGCAACAAUAUGAACUUGAAGGCCCAUACCCUGAUCAGUUUGAUGACGUUAUGGACUUCAUUGAGGCCACCAUCGGUAGAUUACGCCGCUCUCUAAGAGUCGAUGGAAGUUCCCAGGGCCGGAGUGGGAGACAGAGACAGAGUGGAUCGCCAGGCACGGACAAGGGGGACAGGGGGGACAGGGGGGGCAGGAAGGGCCGAGGGGGCAGGAGGAGAGGCCAGGGUCGGAAGGGCGGCCGCUCGGGGAAGGGUGGCCGGGAGGAGCAACGGACCGCGACAGUGGGCCGAGGGUGCCUGCUCCGUGAGGUCCACCUCAAUGUAACGGACCUCGGGCUGGGCUACCAGACCAAGGAGGAACUUAUCUUCAGGUACUGCAGCGGACCCUGCUCGGACGCGGAGACCAACUAUGACAAGAUUCUGAACAAUCUGACCAACAACAAAAAGUUGGACAAGGAGAAGCCCUCUCGGGUUUGCUGUCGCCCAAUCGCCUUUGAUGACGACCUAUCUUUCUUAGACAACAACCUAGAAUACCACAUUCUGAAGAAGCAUUCCGCCCGGAAAUGUGGUUGUGUGUGACAAAGACAGAGAGAGAAAGGACAAAAAAGAAAGACAGAGCGCCCAGUGGACUUCACUCAAAGGGGUGUCCACUGCAGGUGCCAUGGCCAGUGCAUACAGAGAGACCUCAUGUGUAGAAGCCGAGCUUGGGCAAAAUGGUGGUGUGGACGUUGGCCAGUUCCUGAACAGGUGGAGUGCAGGGACUCUCCUGUGAUCGUCCAUGCAGACUGAGAAUCACAUUUGAUACAGUGUGACAAGUCAUGCAGGUACAAGUCAAGGUCAAAACCUCAGUGUUCAUUCAUGUAAACUUACACAACUCACUAACUCACACUUAACAGUCUGGCAAGAAAGACAAAGGUAAUGCAUGACACCUCCUAAGAAAUAGCAUAACACUAAGACUCACACCGCAAACAAACACACACACACACACACACACACACACACACACACACACACACAGUCAUUCUGUUACCCAACUUUGCUGCUUUAGUUCAAGCCCUUCAGGAUAGAGGACGCAUUGUUUGUGCUACAUGGGGUUCUUUGGUUGCCGAAGAACUGCUCCAAUCACUAUGUGGCAAAUGCCUCUUAACGUUUACAUUCAGUAAGGAGUCAUUCACCCUGGCCCAGGAGCAGCAACAGAUGUUUUUUUAAGUAUUAGAAAUCUAUCAAUUUAUCUAUCGUAUCUAUAUCAAUGUAUAUGUAUAUAUAUAUAUAUAUAUAUAUAUAUGAGAAAUGUAUUUAUUGAGAUUUAAUUAACUUAUUGUUAUUUAUUACAAUCUGUCGUAUUAAGAGUGUUUCUUGUUUUAUUUUGUUUCUUUUUUUUUUAUUUAUUUGAAGAGCUUUUGAGUCUUUUUUUUUUUGGAUGGUGCCAAACGUGGAGCGAGUCGUUUCCUGCAGCAGCCGUAAAUAAUCAAAACAAUCUGUGAGAGAAAGACGGAAACAGAGAGCGCACUCAUCACGGAUGUCUCUACUAACAUCUGUGAUGUUUAGGAAUAUGGUAAUUUUUGUAAUUCCGCACACAGACAUGUAUUCCACUGAAACUGCAGAAAGGUUGGGAAAGGGGAGAGAAGAGCAGAACAGAUAGAUGUAAGGACCAACUCCCCCACCUUAACAAAAAAAAAAACAGAAGAAAAAAAGAUUUUCUGCUCCCGGUUUUUUUGGUACAGCAAUCUCCACCCUUGAGCACAUACUCACCACUAUACACCCCUCCAACUCAACUCUCAAUUAUUUUACAAAAGAAAAGAGAAGAGAAAGAACCUCAACCAAAGAGGGCCCAAAAGCCCUUUAGGAGAGCAAUCAACUGUUUACUCUCAUGGAGUCAGUCUUGACGUCGGGCCUGCAACUCCUCAAUUGCAAGCAUCUGUUUACAGGAAGAAAAUACAUCCCUUAGCAAUUCUGUUUGUUUCUGUCCAUAAUAAAGUUACUGUCGUAAGUGCACACGGAGAGGGGAGCAGUGGUUUGCCUCACGGUCAUCAACAAGCACAAACAGAAUGGCCUCGUCUCGUCCUGCUCUCCUGAGUGGUGGACGAUUCCUCCCUCACUUCUGGUUCCGUAUGCUCGUCUGAAAAGAGCCCUUUAAGUGGGCGCUGACACUACCGGAGGCUGACGAGGAUAGUUUGACUCACGGAUCAGGGCUUAGGGAAAUGAUUGUCAAACACAAAGGUUAAAGCACCUCUACUGGCUGGUAGCCCCCCUCCAUCCCCUACAGUUUAAGUCCAAUUAAGUUUCAGUCUUCUGCAAAUGCCCCCAAAUCAUCACACACUCAACAGAUGGCUGAAGAUUGCCCCUGCUUUCAGGUAGUGAUCCUGUCCCCUAAAUUCCCUGAAAACAAGAUAAGGGUAUGUUCAAAUAAUAAGCGCAAUCUGGACAAACCAUUCCUUGGUUAAGAUACAAUGGUCUCAGGAAUUGGACAAAAAAAAACCAAUUAGAGCACUACAAACCCAUUUAAAUGAUUAAAACCAGAAAACCAAGAUCCCUGACUAUAACUGGCCUAAAGCUUAAUACUAAGCACAGAGAAUAGCCACUGAUUAUAAACUCUCACUUGUGUAACAUCCCGUGAGGAUUUUUUCCCCUCUCCUCUUCCUUUACAGUUUGAACAGUGCAGUUCACUCAGACACAGAAAACCCCAAGGCCAGACCCUGAUGUUGCUCUGGAUUAGGGACCUGAAUCAGUGCUCACUCUACAGGAACGGAGCCAGCUUUACGCGGUAAUCCCCGCCGCACACAGAACAAAUCCACUGAAUUGAGAAGAAUUUAGGCCAAACCCACUGGGGGGAGAGGGAAACACACUACAGCUAAUAGUCCUUUUAGCACCGGAAUCAUUUGAUCAACUGCAUUUACCUUCACAGUUGUUAUUAUGACGUGUGUGUGCAAGUUUGCUUCAGAAGAGAAGCCAUGUGAGGCAUCAUAAUAUCAACA